AUGAAGGCAGCACUGAUUUUCCUCGCCGUGGUGGUGGCAAUGGCUUCAGCCGCAGGUGUCAACUUUGUGGACAAUUCGCCACCACAAAACGGAAAUGGUGUUCAUGUCGUAGAUAACUCUAAUGGUGUCAACUUUGUGGACAAUUCGCCACCCCAAAACGGAAAUGGGGUUCAUGUCGUAGAUAACUCUAAUGGUGUUAACGUCGUUGACAACAACCCAGAUAAUGGACAACAAGUUAACUUUGUCGUUACAGCUCAAGGUGGCUACGAACCAAUUGACAUCGGGCCGGCAUUUGUAGAACCACAACAAGGAUACGUCGAUCACUCCUACCUGCGUAGCGGCAAGUGA